CUGAAAUUAUAAUACCCUCUGCAAGGGUAUAAAAAUGUAAAUCAAAAUCUUUCCAGUCUUUCGGUUCAGUGUUAUGACUAGCGCUUUUAAAGUCAACUUUUUGUCGUUCCAGGAUUAAUACAUUUAAUAAGAUAGAAAUUAGAAAUAAAUUAUAAAUAUAUCAAAUUAUUUCACAAUGUAAAAUUUUUAAAAACUUAAACUUACAUUUAUGAACACAUAUGACUUUAUGUGAAUUCGCCGAUUUUCAACCACAACCAUCAUACAAUUGUAUGCAUAUAAAUCCUUUUUUUUUAUUUGAAAUACUAUUCUGAUUAACUUUUAUAUGGGAAAGAAGACUUUCGACCAUGGGUUUUUUUUUUACAAAAAAUUAAAGUAAGAUUUUGUUUCCGAAGUUUUAAUUAAUAUUAAGGAAGUCUUGAAACAUUUGGUUUUUGUUAAUGUGAAAAUGAUUUCUUACUUCCGAAGAUCUCAAUCGGUUUAAGUUUUUGUGAUUUUCAGAAAGUUUUUUUUUUCUUGUGCAUAUGGUCGAGUAUGUGAGAGCUUGUCGAUUAUCGCAAGCAUUCGACGAACGGCAAACUUUUGCGCUUGUCGGCGUUAACAAGCCACAGCCAUGCGUUUAACUAAGCGUGAAUGUAACAGUGUGUGUAUGUGUGUAAAGAGUGGGGUAAGGGGCGGUGGGAGGGGGUGGAGAUCCUGUCAGCGUGUGGCUGCAAAAUUGUAUGUGUGUAAGUGUGGGUCGGUGGCGGCAACAUUGUUGCAAAAUGAUUUUGAAAAAAAAAACCAUCAAUAACUCAAAUAUAAUGACAGUUUUCCACUUGUUGUUGCCUCUAUCUCGCUCUCGCUCUCUCUAACCCUGCAAAACCAAACCGCCACCCCCAACCCCUAAGUGGGGCUAAAUGGAUGAAUAACUUAAGCCAGAUGCUUCGCCUUUCCUCUUAGUGUGCGAUGUUAUGUAAUGUAAUAACGUCAAUCAAAUUUAAAAAGGCAGACCAACUAUUUUAAAAUCAAUUUUCUUACCCCCCCUUUUCAUCCAGCAGCAUCAGCAUCAGCAUCAGCGGGAAAGUGGAAAAGCUGCGGAAGGAAACAGGAAAGCGACCUCGGCUUAAGCAAAUACACAAUCACAAGUUGUUGCUGCAUCAGAGGAAUCCUGAGUAGGAUGUAGGAUGUAGGGCGGAGGAAGUAGGCUAAUGUAGCAGAAGAAGAGUCCGGGACUCAGUCACUUUGCAAACAGUAUCAUUCAAAGCUGUGACUAGCGAAAUUCGCAGCGAGGGACCGUGACACCGAGUGAAAAAGUGCCUGCUUUAGUUAAAGUUUAGUUUAAACUUUUCUGUGGCUCGUGGCUUGCCCCGGGCGAAAUGUAUCAUUCGUGUCAUUAAUCAUUCGUCAUGUGGGUCGGCGACAACAUUUCAUUUGCUUAUCAUCUCGGCUCAAAGUCUUUGGGGGGAUGAAAGCAACAAGAGUAGGCCUUAAAGUUGAAUGAAUCAAAUGGGCUGCUGGAAAACUUAUUGCUAAGCCUAGAAAUCCCCGACAAGUCAGUGACUUCCCGUCCUUUAAGAACAAAAGCGAGCUUGAGUCUUACAUUUGUGGAAAUCAAGAGAAAAAUCUUCAGAAUUAAUGUCUUUUUAAAUAUUUGGUCAUACAUUUUACAACGUAAGAAAACUAAAUAAAUUAAGUAAAUAAAGCCAAUAGUUAAAACAAGGAACUCUGCAAAAUAUCGAAUUAAAAUAACAAGAACCCAAUGUCAUUAGCCAUUACAAAAAACAAUGGAUUUUAAAUCAUUUUUUUUUUUGCAACUUCCAACUAGCUUCCAAGUUAAUAUUCCCUUAAUGUCAGCGAGUGUAAGAGCAUCUAUAAAAGUUAUUUGUAUUUUUUUUCACAUCCAAGCCUGCUUGAUUUUUUAUGGCCAGCACUCCAGCACAACUACUGCCCAUCAUCAUCAUCAUCUAACAUCAUUCGUGUCCCAUGGCCAGCCACUCAAAGGCAAGCGCUGAAUUGACAAAUUGAUGGAUGGUUCUCCAAACGCUGCAUGCUUCAGCAUCUCUCCUUUAUUUUUUUUUUUUAUCCUUCAUUGCCCCUUGUACAAGUAUAUGAUGCAUUAUUAUUCCGGAAAAGUUUGCGACCGCAGCAACAACAAUUGCUUGCCUAAGUGUUUUAUUAGCCAUCGAGAACAGAGUUUGAGUUCGGUUGAGUUGAGUUGAUUGUCAGUUUUCGAACACAUUGUUUAUUUUUUUGCUGUAUUUUGUUUUGUAUACAAUUUUCCUGAAUUGCUUUGGGGUUUUAUUGCUUAGCAUGCCUUCAUCGUCAACCCAUACCAAACCGCUGACGAAUGAGCAGGUCGAAGAGCUGAAGGAUGCCUUUGAAAGGUACGAUCUGGAUUCCAAUGGCACUCUAUCAGCGACUGAGAUCCGUAUGGCUUUGAUUUCAAUGGGUCACGAGGUCACUGAAGCGGAGCUUUACGAUCUCAUCCGUUCGGUGGUUGGCACGAAUGAGCCAGUAUUGAAUUUUCCCAAAUUUCUGCAAAUGAUGGCGCCCCGCUUGGCCGAUGUGGAAAGUGACGAGAGUCUGGAGCGGAUCUUCAACCUGCUGGACCGUGAUCGCGACGGUUACGUCAGCUGCCAGGACGUAAGUGCGAUCAUGGUCUUCUUGGGAGCAGUCGUAACCGACGAUGAAACCAUGGACAUCUUCCGUUCAGUCGAUAUGGAUGGCGAUGGUCGCAUAAGCCAACGCGACUUUAUCAGCUUUAUGCAUAGUCCCACAUAAACUUUGGCCCACAAUAAAAAUUGUAAAUUGUGUGCGUGAAAAAAUUGCAUUCAGAAAAAAUUAACACGGAAAACAAUUCCAUUUAAAUUGUUAGUCAAUUCAAACAAAAUAUACAGAAAAUAUUUUUUUGACAACA